AUUAGAUGAAAUGAAAAUCAUUCGUGAAAAAAGUAUAGCAUACCAAAAGUCAAUUGGAAGAAUUCCCGACGAGGGUGCCAUUUUUAAUUAUGAUAUAUCUUCUCAUAAGAAAAGGCCUAAUGAUCUUGAGUUGCUAGUGGAAGUCGAAGUAAAUGAUAUAGGAGAGGAAAUAAAUACAAACUGUAGAAGUCAAUCAUCUUUAGUUAAAGAAGGAAGACCAUCAGAUCACAGAAAUCAACCAUCUUUAAUCAAAGAAGGAGGACCAUCAAAUCACGGAAAUCAACCAUCUUUAGUCAAAGAAGGAGGACCAUCACAUCACAGAAAUCAACCAUUUUUAGUCAAAGAAGGAGGACCAUCAUCAGAUCACGGAAAUCAACCAUCUUUAGUCAAAGAAAGAGGACCAUCACAUCACGGAAAUCAACCAUUUUUAGUCAAAGAAGGAAUACCAUCAUCAGAUCACGGAAAUCAACCAUCUUUA